AUGCACAACGAUGGAAGUUCGGCGUCCGAGAGUCAACUCCCGACUCUUCUGGGUAGUGCUACAGCUGGAAUGAUUAGUCGUGUCUUGUGCCAUCCACUGGACACUGUCAAAGCUCGAUUACAAGCCAAUACAUCUAGGGAUCACACUAUUACGUCUCAAUUGAAUUUUCGAGCAUUGAGUAUACGACAGGUGCAGGGACUAUAUCGAGGCAUUGGGGUGAGUAUCGUCGGCUCAGCACCAGCGACUUGUUUAUACAUGACGUCAUACGAGAUGUCAAAGGACGUGCUAAUGAAAGUCGAGAGUUUUCGAGAAAACCCAUCACUGCUUUAUUUAGGGGCAGGACUUGCAGCGGAAGCAGUGAGUUGUGGACUUUGGGUGCCCAUUGACGUGAUUAAGGAACGCAUGCAAGUUCAAGGGCAGUCGAAAGAUGCAGUGAAGACUGUGCAGAAAAUCUACUAUCGCAACACCCUCGACGCUGUGCAGACAAUUGCACGCACUGAGCAUCUCGGUAGUCUGUACAAGGGCUAUUUUGCAACGCUACUAUCUUUCGGGCCGUUCUCGGCGCUCUACUUUAUGUUUUAUGAAAAGGCCAAGACGUUUGCAACGAAGCGACUUGAUUUAGAAGACUUGCCAGCACAUUAUACACUCGCAAGUGCUGCAGUUGCUGGUGCUACGGCAUCAUUUCUCACCAAUCCAUUGGACCUCAUUAAACUACGACUUCAGGUCCAACAUGCAUACGCAACGGAAGCAAGCCCUGCAGUCUAUCGUGGAAUCAUCGACGGCCUCACACAACUGAUCAGGACGGAGGGCGUGUUGGCACUAUACAAAGGAGCUGGAGCGCGCGUUGCAUUUCAUGCUCCAUCCACGGCUAUCACGAUGUCUCUUUUCGAAAGAUGCCGACAGGUCUUUGCUUCUCUCAUUGAUGUGUAA